AUGGUGCAAGUGCACUAUGUGCUCGAUAUCAUCAGGAUUCUGUACCAAUUUCUGAGUGUUGCGAUUGUGUUUGGCUUGUUUGUGGGCACAAUCAACGGUCUGGCCCUGUGCCUCGUGCGCUACUUUUUGACCUUUGAACAGCCUGCGAUCCGGCUAUUUGGCUCAUCGAAGCCCGUUAUCAAGCACGAAGAGGAAGAAACCAAGCCGUUCAUAAAGUCUGAAUGGGGCCUGGAACGACUCAAAUCCGAAGAUAUCGACCCGUUGUCCGAACCAACCUCGUCUGCGCAGCUAUUUGAUCAUUCCCAGCAUGCAAUACGAGAGCGCCAUCUUUCUGCAUACUACGACGACGACGACGGGUACGGCACCGUCAGACGCGAAUUAUCGCCGAAGCGUUCACACCAGUCGAGAAUUCCGUCGCGAUUUUCAUCGCUUCGCAGUGACUCAUUGUUCAACACCUCGCAUCACCAGUCGGAGUCGGAAGUCGAUACUACUGUUGAUGCUGACAGAUCAGAACUAAACAUAAUCAAAGAAGAGGACCUGUCAUAG